AUGCACAAGGAAGGCGGGUACGGGAAUCGAGUACGCGGAUUAAGCCUGACGAGACCAUCUCUCUCGCUCGUCCCGAUUCUCCCGACUUUCACGCCCAAUCUUACGCACCUCGAACUCACGCCAAGCGCCAACAUAAGCGACUCUCUCACGCUCGCUACUCUGCUCUUGCACCUCCCACGACUCGAGAGUCUGCGCAUCAGCGGACAGGACCUGCGAAGUCGGAGACGCAGGCUUGUCGACUUCGAGCCGGAGGGUCAUGUGGGACAGGCUCUGAGGCUCGUGGCGGACGAACUGGAGCGAAGUGGGGAGAAUGCGCCGCGGCUGGAGCUCAAGUCGCUCGUUGUGCGCAACACGCCGUUGAAGCUGUCCUCGGUCGACCACUUCCUCGAAGUUUGCGGCGGUCGUCUAAGGCAACUCGCCCUUGAGGGCUGCGGCAUCGACUGUCGUGCGGUCCUUCUUGCCGAGGAGUUCUGCCCCGACCUUCGCGAGUUCCGCCUUGAUGCCAUCGUCUCGACUUCCGCACCUGCCGCCACGCCCCGCAUCCGUCGUCCGCCCAUUGAGCUCCUCCGCGACGCACCCGUCAUGCUCUCUUCCCGCCUUACAACCCUCCAUCUCGCCUCCCUCCCGCAUCUCCCCGUCUCGACCUUCUCCCUCUUCUCGACAUCUCACCACGCCUCCCUCCGCUCCCUCUCCCUCGUCCACUGUGACCUUACACCCGCGCACCUCUCCCACUUCACGAGCAUCACCCGCCUCCGCCUCGUCGACUGCCCAACCAUCACCUCAGUCCCCGCCUUCGUCGAUACCGCCUUGCGACCGGACUUGGGCGCCGGCUGCAACGCGCUUAGGUCGUUGACGGUGCUGGGGAAAGGCGGGAACUUGCCGUUGCGCAAUUUGUGGGAGCUGGCGAUGCUUGGACGGGUGGACGGGAAGGGCGGGCUGGCGAGGCUGACGGUCGACAGCACGAGCGCCUCGGACUCACUGUUCAAUGUGGGCGGCAUCGUCUUCUCCCUCCCAGCCGGCCUUGGUUCGCCAAUGGCCUCGACGCUCGCCAAUCCGCACAUUCCCUCAGCACUCCCUCAGAACCUCGCUCCACCUCCUCAUCUUCAGCCCUACCUCGCCACCGGCAUUCUCUCCGCCGACCUCCCGCCUCUCGCCCUCCUGCAGACCCUUCUCGCCGCUUCAGACCUCGAAGAGCUCAGUCUUUUCGGCUCAGCACGCGCCGACUCGCUCGCUGCCGUCACGCACCGUCGAUCGUCCUCGGUACCGCUCGCGGAACACCUCGCCGACCUCGCGCGACAAUACGUCGGAGGAGCGCUGUCUUGCCUGCCGCUCAUCGGUUGGCUCUUUUCGCCUCUCGGUUCGGCGACCUCGACUUUUCCUCCUCGCAACCCGCCCGUCCCGUCUUCAGCUUCUGCACCGGACGUUGACUUCCAGCUUGCCGCGAAGAUGGCCUUCGCAAGUACUGGUCUUCCUACGCCGCCUGCGCUCGACCUGCCCUUCCACCCCCCUUUCCCCUCGCCCACCUCGACUCAAGCGUCUGACGCAUCGCUUCCGACCCGUCGCGGCUGGCUCAAGCGCCGACUGAGCCGCGUCGAACCGGCCGACAAGCCAUCGCCGCCGUCGACGAAGCGCUUACGGGCAGAAGAGGUGGAGUGGCUCGUCCAGGCUUCUCGCCAGUCCGGCGGCAGGCUCCGCAGGGUAUACGUGUGA